GUGUUCUUUCCAACGUCGAAAACUCUUCAAUUAUAGAGAGAGAGAGAGAGAGAAUAGAGGCUAAAGCUAGCUCCUUCGUUCUUCGUCUUUUCUGGGUUUUUCUUUUUGUUUACAGUAGUAAUCUUUGCUGCUGAGAGCUCCGGCGCCGACAGCAAUGGGGGAUACAAUUCUAUCAGAUCUAUGGACGGAGAUAUUGAUUCCGGUUUGUGCUGUUAUCGGAAUCGCCUUCUCUUUCUUCCAGUAUGUUAUUGUCUCUAAAGUCAAGCUCUCUCCCGACAGUCCUGCCAACAACGGCAAAAACGGUUAUUCUGAGUCUUUGAUUGAGGAGGAGGAAGGGCUUAACGACCAUAACAUCGUCCGUAAAUGCGCCGAAAUUCAGAAUGCUAUAUCUGAAGGGGCAACUUCCUUCCUUUACACUGAGUAUCAGUAUGUUGGGAUUUUCAUGGUUCCUUUUGCUGUAUUGAUCUUCCUUUUCCUUGGUUCUGUGGAUGGAUUCAGUACAAAGAACAAGGCUUGUACAUAUGACAGUAGCAGAACAUGCAAGCCUGCUCUUGCUACUGCUCUGUUUAGCACCAUAGCCUUUGUACUUGGUGGGAUCACUUCAUUGAUUUCUGGGUUUCUUGGAAUGAAAAUUGCUACUUAUGCAAAUGCAAGGACGACAUUGGAAGCAAGGAAGGGUGUUGGAAAGGCUUUUAUUGUUGCUUUUAGGUCGGGUGCUGUCAUGGGUUUCCUCCUUGCAGCCAAUGGUCUUCUAGUGUUGUAUAUUACUAUCAAUGUAUUCAAAGUCUAUUAUGGUGAUGAUUGGGAAGGACUGUUUGAGGCUAUAACUGGGUAUGGUCUUGGUGGUUCAGCAAUGGCACUUUUUGGAAGAGUUGGUGGUGGUAUCUAUACAAAAGCUGCUGAUGUUGGUGCUGAUCUUGUGGGUAAAAUUGAGAGGAACAUUCCUGAAGAUGACCCCAGAAACCCAGCUGUUAUAGCAGAUAAUGUUGGUGAUAAUGUUGGAGAUAUUGCUGGGAUGGGGUCUGAUCUGUUUGGGUCAUAUGCAGAAGCAUCCUGUGCUGCUCUUGUUGUUGCUUCGAUCUCCUCUUUUGGCAUUGAUCACGACUUUACUGGAAUGUUAUAUCCUCUUCUAGUCAGUUCUAUUGGUAUUGUUGUUUGCUUGAUAACAACACUUUUUGCUACUGAUUUCUACGAAAUCAAAGCUGUACAAGACAUUGAGCCUACUUUGAAGAGACAACUGGUUAUCUCAACUAUAUUGAUGACCAUUGGCAUUGCUGUUGUUAGUUGGAUUGCCCUUCCAUCUUCCUUCACUAUCUUUAACUUUGGUGUCCAGAAAGAAGUAAAGAACUGGCAACUAUUUUUAUGUGUUGGUGUUGGAUUAUGGGCUGGGCUUAUAAUUGGGUUUGUAACCGAGUACUACACAAGCAAUGCUUACAGCCCUGUGCAAGAUGUUGCUGAUUCUUGCCGAACUGGAGCUGCUACAAAUAUUAUAUUUGGCCUUGCUUUGGGAUACAAAUCGGUCAUCAUUCCUAUAUUUGCUAUUGCAGCCAGCAUUUUUGUUAGUUUUAGCUUUGCUGCUAUGUAUGGUAUUGCAAUGUCUGCCCUUGGGAUGUUGAGCACUAUAGCUACUGGUUUAGCAAUUGAUGCAUAUGGCCCAAUUAGUGAUAAUGCUGGAGGUAUUGCUGAAAUGGCUGGCAUGAGCCACAGAAUCAGAGAAAGGACUGAUGCCCUGGAUGCUGCUGGGAACACCACUGCUGCAAUAGGAAAGGGUUUUGCUAUUGGGUCUGCUGCUCUUGUUUCCUUGGCUCUGUUUGGUGCCUUUGUGAGCAGAGCAUCAAUUUCCAAUGUUGAUGUGUUGACUCCAAAGGUUUUCAUUGGUUUGUUAGUGGGUGCAAUGCUUCCUUACUGGUUCUCAGCAAUGACAAUGAAGAGUGUAGGUAGUGCGGCUCUUAAGAUGGUAGAGGAAGUGCGUAGGCAAUUUAACACCAUCCCUGGUCUAAUGGAAGGCACUGCCAAGCCUGAUUAUGCCACCUGUGUUAAGAUCUCCACAGAUGCAUCCAUCAAGGAGAUGAUUCCUCCUGGUGCUCUUGUCAUGCUUACUCCCCUCAUCGUCGGAACUCUCUUUGGUGUUGAAACGUUAUCGGGUGUUCUUGCUGGCUCUCUUGUUUCGGGUGUUCAGAUUGCCAUUUCUGCAUCAAACACGGGUGGUGCUUGGGAUAACGCCAAGAAGUAUAUCGAGGCCGGUGCUUCAGCACAUGCAAAGACUCUUGGUCCUAAAGGAUCUGAUCCACACAAAGCAGCAGUUAUCGGUGACACUGUCGGAGAUCCCCUCAAGGAUACUUCAGGACCAUCGCUCAACAUCCUCAUCAAGCUUAUGGCAGUGGAAUCGCUUGUAUUUGCUCCUUUCUUUGCUACCCAUGGUGGGAUUCUGUUCAAGAUCUUCUAAAAUAUGAGAUGAGAGAAAAAUAUUUAGAAUGAAUCUCUAAAGAUGAGUUGAUGUUUGUAAGUUACUUGAGAUUCUUACCUCUAUUUGUCAUGUUUUUUCUUUUUGUCAGAUCCUUCUAUUAGUCAGUCAGUCCCCUUGUUCUAACUUCUGCAUAAUUUCUUGUCGGGUCUGAUAUUGAGAAUUAAAUCACUUUAGGUUUGGUU